CCACAAGAUAUCUGUCCCGUGCGUUACGCACCUUACAUACAGAAUUUAAGACCCCCCAAUUAUCGCGCAAUUAUUCGAUAUGAUGCCAGAAAUCUAUACCGUGCCCGGGAUUUUUUUGGGUUAGGGGAUGAGAUAUCAACGGCGCAUCUCUCACGUCCAGUGCUGAAACAAGGAUAAAAGUCCCACCUAAUCCAUUCCCAGGACUAGGAGGAGGCUAGCUGGUGAUGGUGUACAGCUGCUACGGUUGACAGCACAACGGCGUUCAGAGGACGGAAGUAUUUCCAUCGAAUUUCCUAAUUCAACAUAAGAUUGUGAUUCCCGAGUGAAAGGAUCUUUUUAUUCCAGACAAGGAAAGUCGCAGAUUUUUGGAAGUUAUACUAGUAAUAGUUAAAAGUAAAGUCCACAGUAUCGCUAAGUGCCUUAUAUAAGACAAAUCGCAGCGACGACAAAGAUUACAUUCUACUAGUAGUAUAUAUUCCUUGCUUUCUAGUUGAGGUUGAGAAGAAAUGGAUCUGCUGCUGCCCAACUAGGGUUUUUAGCUCGAGGUUCCGGCAGCUGCAGCAGCACCGAAAAACCAAGCAGAGACGAAAAGGUUUGACUGGGAAAAGAAAAUGAGGCAAAAGAACGAGGUUAUUAACACAUCCAAGUUGUUUAAGUUUCUGUUAAUCGGGCUAACUGUGUUUUUGGGAUUGGUUUGUCUGUACAAUGGUUCGUCCUUCGCUCCACGUCUGCCCAGAGCCGACGACCCCCUAGAGGACGGCGCCGAUCCAGUAACGGGCCGCUUCCUGCCGAAGCGAUACUACUCGGACGAGUUGCCGGAAGACCAAGAGCGUAACCCUGAAGUUCCCAGAAGCAUUCCUGUUUGUGAUUUGAAUCAUUCGGAACUGAUCCCAUGCUUGGAUAGAAACUUGAUAUAUCAACUCAAAUUGAAGCCUAAUUUGACUUUAAUGGAGCAUUAUGAACGCCAUUGUCCGCCUCCUCACCGGCGGUACAAUUGUCUCAUUCCACCUCCAAUUGGCUACAAGAUCCCAAUCAAGUGGCCUGCAAGUAGAGAUCAAGUAUGGAAAGCCAACAUACCUCAUACGCAUCUUGCUCAAGAAAAAUCAGAUCAAAACUGGAUGGUGGUUGAUGGGGAAAAGAUCAGGUUUCCCGGUGGAGGAACCCAUUUCCAUUAUGGUGCAGACAAGUACAUUGCGGCAAUUGCUGGGAUGCUUAAGUUUCCUGAUGAAAAGCUGAACAAUGGUGGGAAUAUCCGUAAUGUCCUUGAUGUGGGUUGUGGGGUUGCAAGUUUUGGGGCAUACCUUCUUCCUCUUGAUAUCAUCGCUAUGUCACUGGCACCCAAUGAUGUGCAUGAGAAUCAAAUCCAAUUUGCAUUGGAGAGGGGAAUCCCCUCCACUCUUGGUGUUUUGGGCACUAAGAGACUACCUUAUCCAAGUAGAUCAUUUGAACUGGCUCAUUGUUCCCGUUGUAGGAUUGAUUGGCUUCAGAGAGAUGGAAUCCUCUUGUUAGAAUUAGACAGGUUGCUCAGACCAGGAGGUUAUUUCGUGUACUCAUCACCUGAAGCUUAUGCUCAUGAUGCGGAUAAUCGAAGAAUUUGGAAUGCCAUGUAUGAUCUUUUGAGAAGAAUGUGCUGGAGAGUUGUUUCAAGAAGAGAUCAAACUGUUAUAUGGGCUAAGCCUUUUAGUAACAGUUGUUAUAGAAAGAGAGAACCUGGGAAACCCCCCUUGUGCAGCUCUGACGAGGAUCCAGAUUCCACUUGGAAUGCGCUCAUGAAGGCUUGCAUCACUCCAUACUCUGCCAGGAUGCACAAGGAAAAAGGAAGUGGACUAAAACCUUGGCCACAAAGGCUUACUGCAGCUCCCCUUCGCCUGGAAGACAUUGGUGUCAGUCCUCAGGAGUUUCUGAAAGAUACUAGCAUAUGGCAUGACAGGGUUGUUGACUAUUGGAAGCAGAUGAGAUCGCUUAUGCAGAGGAACUCAUUUAGAAAUGUCAUGGACAUGAAUUCAAACCUUGGUGGGUUUGCUGCUGCUCUCAGAGAUAAGGAUCUCUGGGUGAUGAAUGUUGCUCCAGUAAAUGCUUCUUCUAAGCUUAAGAUCGUAUAUGAUAGAGGCCUAAUUGGCACCGUUCACGACUGGUGUGAAUCGUUUUCAACCUACCCUCGCACUUAUGAUUUACUUCAUGCCUGGGCCUUGUUCUCGGAGAUUGAGGAGCGUGGAUGUAGUACAGAAGAUCUUCUGAUUGAAAUGGACAGAAUCCUACGGCCAGAAGGAAUUGUCAUCAUAAGAGACAAACUUUCAGUUAUAAACUAUGCAAGAAAAUUCUUGACUGCCUUAAAGUGGGAUGGUUGGAUAUCAGAAGUGGAACCUAGGGCUGAUGCUCUCUCGCUAAAUGAAGAAAGAGUUUUAAUUGCAAAAAGAGAUUAUGGCAGGUGGAGCUCACAAUGUUAUGAGUCUGCUUGCAUUUUGGAAUUAAUGCGACAAAAAGAGAUGGAAUCUGGAAUUGUAGCUGCUUUGAGAGGCAACAUCGAUACUCAUCUCUCCCUUCAAACUCCUUCGGAACAUGUUACACCUAAGGUGCCGUUCAUAAUAGGUGUUGCUGGUGGAACAGCAUCUGGGAAAACAACUGUUUGCAACAUGAUUAUUUCGCAGCUUCAUGAUCAACGGGUUGUUCUUGUCCAUCAAGAUUCAUUCUACCAUUCUUUGAGCGAUGAGCAACUACAAAACGUUCAGGACUACAAUUUUGACCAUCCCGACGCCUUCGAUACGGGGCUUAUGCUUUCUUGCUUGGAGGCAUUAAAGCUUGGGCAAGCAGUCAGCAUACCCAAUUAUGACUUCAAAAGCCACAAGAGCAUUGAACCAGCACGGAUGGUCAAUCCCUCAGAUGUAAUCAUCUUGGAAGGGAUUCUAAUCUUUCACGAUCCUCGUCUACGCGACCUUAUGAACAUGAAGAUAUUUGUUGAUACAGAUUCUGACGUAAGGCUUGCCAGGAGGAUACAGAGAGAUACCGUUGAGAGGGGCAGAAACAUUCAGAAUGUGCUUGACCAAUAUGCCAAGUUUGUGAAGCGCAGUUUUGAAGAAUUUAUACUUCCAACGAUGAAAUAUGCUGAUGUUAUAAUCCCUCGAGGAGCGGACAACGAAGUUGCGAUUGAUCUGAUAGUUCAGCACAUACGUACAAAACUCAGCCAGCAUGACCUCUGUAAAAUAUAUCCAAAUGUGUUUGUCAUCUAUUCUACGUUUCAGACACGAGGGAUGCACACAUUAAUACGUGAUGCCAAAACAAAUAAGCAUGACUUUGUUUUCUAUGCUGAUCGACUUAUUCGCUUGGUUGUGGAGCAUGGUUUAGGUCAUCUUCCUUUUACCGAAAAGCAGAUACUAACUCCAACAGGAUCCGUGUACACCGGAGUUGUUUUCUGUAAAAGUUUGUGUGGUGUUUCGGUCAUUAGAAGCGGGGAAAGCAUGGAGAAUGCUCUAAGAGCAUGUUGCAAGGGAAUUAAAAUCGGCAAAAUCCUUAUCCACAGAGAGGGUAAUACUGGUCGACAGUUGAUCUACGAGAAGUUACCGUCAGACAUUGCGAGCCGCCAUGUGCUGUUGCUUGAUCCCGUACUCGCUUCAGGGUAUUCUGCAGUCAAAGCUAUUUCUGUGCUGCUCAGCAAGGGUGUACCAGAAUCCAACAUUAUUUUCCUCAACCUUAUUGCGGCUCCUGAGGGAAUACAUGCUGUUUGUAAAAGUUUCCCUAGGCUAAAGAUUGUGACCUCAGAGAUUGACGCCACGCUAAACGAAGAUCUAAGGGUGAUGCCGGGCCUGGGCGAGUUUGGAGACCGAUACUUUGGCACCGGUGCAGGAUGAUCGCCGACUCCGCAUCCCUUCUACUGCUAGUGCCCUUCUUUUUUUGAAUGAAAGUAGUACUACUAGUAAUCUAGCUCACAUGAUUAUGCACGCGUGCUACGGUGUCAUUGUCAAAAUUCAAAGAAAUAAGAAAAGAAAUUGCACCGUGCGCGCAA